CCUGUGAAGUAGACACUACUCUUAUCCCCUCUUUUAUAAAUGAAAAAAACAGAUGUGCAAAGGGAUUAAAAAAAAAAAAACUUGUCCAAAAUCUUCCAGACAGAAACAGAGCUGGGGAUUGAAACCUGCGUGGUCUGUUCCAGAAACCAUUCUCUUAGCAGCUAUCUUUUCCAACUUUCUUUUGAGCUAGAACCUAUUCACAUUGAAAAGAAAAUGUUACAUAUAGUGAACUCUGACACUUAUUUAAUAUGCUUUUUCUUUUCUGUUUCAGGUAUCUGACAGCAAGCAGCAAUAGAAAUUUCCUGCUUACCAUGAGGCCCUUCUUAAAAAGGGCCACUUUGGUCAUAAGUUAUGUGAUCGUUGUUCUGUACUUUCGUCUGUGGAUAAUGGGAGGAUCUAUGCCCCUCUUUUCAGAGCAGGAUAAUCCGGCUUCAUUUUCGCCUUACAUUCUUACAAGAUUCCUUACUUAUUCCUACCUCUUGGCCUUCAACGUGUGGCUUCUGCUUGCACCGGUUACCCUGUGCUAUGACUGGCAGGUGGGCAGUAUUCCUCUGGUAGAGACCAUAUGGGACAUACGGAACGGAGCUACCAUCCUUCUGGCAGUUGUGAUGGCCUUACUGAGUCUUCAUUGUUUAGCAGCCUUCAAGGUAAUUUUCUUAACAUUCAAAUGAACACUGCAUUGGAAGAGAGAUACUGUAUACUCAGUAAUGCUUUUUUUCCCCAAGGAAAUGUGGGUCUAAAUUGAAUUUAUCCUUCUGUCUAAAAAAAGCUUUAUAUUUAAAAAUUUUCCAGAAAGGUAAUAUUUAUUUUGAAGACUUUAAUGAGGUUAGGAGAUCAAGGCUAUCUUAAUUAUAUAUUUUAUUUUUUCCACCAACUAUUUAGAAAUUGGAUCUGAAAUUUAAUGUUCACAAAUGAGAAAUUUUUUUUCCUGCAGUGGUUGACUAUUUUUUGACGCAAUUGUUUUAUUUCAUGUAAUGAUAAGUGAGAUAUUGACAACAUAGUCAUAAGUGCUUAAAAUAUGGUUAAGACUCUACUUACAUUAAUGAAUGCCUGUCUGAGUUGGUUGGGUGAUUCUCAUUACAAAAAAUACUACUACAAAGCUUUAUUAAUAGUUUUAUUAUUGGAAACUUGGGAAAAUAUUGGAAUAUGGAAAAUUAUUAACUGUAACAUUUAAAAAUGAUCAAAGAUGGCAAAGAACUCGAAAAUAUUUACUUGUUAAAAAUGUCUACAGCCUUGGGCAAGAUGCUUCUUGUUUCAAGAUGUUCCUAUACCCUCAGAGAAGAUGUUAAAAAUCCACAGGUUUACUGACUGAAGGUGGCUGAUUUGGUUGGAAAAACAGCAGAGCAGCUAAAAAUUUAAGGCGGAGGUUUAGGAGGCAAGAGAGCUAUAGAAGGGCUGAGAUGAUACACUCUCCACACAUUCAUGGAUGACUGUGAAAACAAUUAGUGCACAUAGGAUGCCCUAGAAAGCACAAGCAAAAUUGAAAGCCUGGGAAGGCUUACUUAUUUGCUGCAAAUUUGAAUGAAUUCUUUAGCACAUAUACAGGUUGGGUGGUAGAGGGUAGAACUUCCACUGGCUGGAGUUGUCUUAUGUUUGAUCUCUGUUGAAAUCAUUGGCUGAUCUCAAAGAUAUGCUGGCACAAAAGAUACUCCCCCAGAGAUUCAGGCAGAAGAAAGAAAGAAACCCCAAAAAAAGUCAGUAUACUUCAGUUUGCCCCCAGCACCUGAUACAGGAUGCUGAUAUCCAUGCUCAACCUAGUGAUGGGACAAGACAUCUGUGAUGUUGGGCAACCCACUGCUGAUCAGGGGAAACUAACAAGCCCAGGAACAAAUUGUACACAGCUAGGAAAGACCAUAAGCAGAGACGGAGCUCAAAACCUAUGCCAAUCCACUACAAAGUAUCAAAUAAAGGUAACCCAGAAUCAAAUGUGGUUUUACUUCAUAGUUCCCAGGAUCCCACCUGCAAAGAUAGAAUAGCAACCCAGCACUGUGUUGGUGUGGCUGUGGAAACUUUAAACUGGAUGGAAUAGCAGUUCAGGCCUGCCUCCUGUCCCUACCAUCACUGAUGCCUCACCUACUCCAGCAGAGACCUCAAGGCCUCUCUAGUCUUACUCUAGUUGAGUUUUUCCUAUGCCCCUGGUAUAGGAUUCUUGUCAAAAUCAGCUCCAGUGCAUGGCCUUUGGAGGCACUGAGCUUGCUAUUCACUGGUCCCCAAGAAAAAAAUAAAUGCUGACAGCUCCAGUGGUUACUAGAGCUGAAUGUCCUCUAAUGCAUGGUCACCCUCAGGAUUUCUCUGUCUCACUCAGGGCUAUGGAUGAGUAUGGAGGGCAGAUGGUUAGUCAGCAAAGUCACAAAAAAAAAAGAAAAAAAAAUUUCAGCUGUCUAUAGAUUUUCAAUUUGUGUCCAGGCAAGUUUAUCACA